UCAGACAAACCAGCUUCGACUCUGCUUUCUGCUUAAUAGAGAGUAGAGGGUUUUUUACUGGUUUAUUAUUGCUCAACUUACUUAAUUAACUACACCCAAGUAGAUAUUUUUCAAGUAAAUUCAUAUCAAUUGAAUACAAUGUCCAAGACUACUGGUACAUGUAUAGUGAAGAAACAUCAGUGGGGCUCUAAUGUGAAGGCCACCUUUUAUGUUAUGAGAUUUGAAGAUGAUAAUGGUGAAAUUAGAAGUGAUAGCUUUUACCUUGAUGGCCGCCCUGAAGCCACAGCUAUAGUUUAUGCAAUAACGACGGGUUACUAUAAACAUCAUAAACCUCCACAUUGCCUUGAUGUCAAAGUUAAAGUUAAGACAAGCAGUGUAAAAAGAAAAGUUUUUGUUGCAAAGGAGUGUCGCAAUAUUUUACUAAACAUAAAAACCGAAGGAUUUGAUAAACAUCUUCUGUGUCAAAAUGAAUGGACAGAAGUAAUAGUUAUAAAAGAAAAACAACCUGACACCUCUGUAUGUAAAAAUGAAAAAGUUUUUUUGUAUACCUUUGAUAUCAACUUCACAGUAGAUGUCUCAACUCAAGAGGACCUCUUAAAUGUGUACAGUGAACUUUAUCAAGAAAUAGAGUUCACCGACUUCAAGCUGCGGGCGACUGAUGGCACUGUGCCUGUACAUAAAAGUAUACUGUUCAUUCAUAGCGAGAUGUUCCGGGCAAUGCUGAAGGGGCAGUGGAGAGAGACAGGAGAAGCCAGCAUUGACAUGGUGGGGGUGACAGUACAGACCUUACAACACUUGAAGGAAUACAUGUACUUAGGCACUAUUCCCAAUACAGGGCUAGAACCACUUCUUUUGUUGGCGAGACGCUGUUUGAUGGAUAAGUUGGCUGCCGGAUGCAUAAAAAAGUUGAUCAAAAAUGUAACUCCGGCCUCAUUUAAUGCUCUUUUUGAUCUUGCAUUUCAAAACAACAUACCUGAACUAAUGAAAGGACUUGUAUUUGAAAAUUCCCAAUAAUGCUGUAGGUACAGUCAACCAAUUGGAAUCCUAGGCCACUCUACAACCAUGUCAAAAUGACAAGCAGUAAGAGAUUUCUUACAAUCCUACCUCCUCCUACAAACAUUUUGUUACU